AAAUAAUAGAGGCGCAGCAGCCAAUCCUCCCGCACCGUGCGCCCUCUACCUCAGCCGGCUCCUCCCAGCCCGCCGCUCUCGCUGUCCCCUCACCACCACACUCACAUAACUCCAGGCCAGAACCAUGUCAACCGGACACCAGCACAGCCAGAGCCGGGCCAUCCCCACCAGGACCAUCCCCAUCAGCGACUCCUCUCAGCUACCUCAUGACUACUGCACCACCCCCGGGGGCACGCUCUUCUCCACCACCCCUGGAGGUACAAGGAUCAUCUAUGAUCGUAAGUUUCUCUUGGACCGUCGCAAUUCCCCCCUGGCUCAGACCCCACCCCGCCGCUUGCCUGAUAUCCCUGGAGUGACCAGCCCCAGUACUGUUGUAGAAGUGCCCAAAGUAGAAACGAACAACUUGAACAAUCAUGACAGAAAGACUACUAUUGGUGAUGAUGCUCAGUUUGAAAUGGACAUCUAACCUUCUGGAUGCUUGGCAAGCACUCGAAAUUUGCGUGUACCUGACAUGGCCAAUAGGAUCACUUAAUGAAAAACGGGCAAAGGCGCUCUUAUGCGUUUAGUAAACAGUCCUUCCAGGUGCCAAAGGUCAACGCAACUAGGUUCCCAUUUUUUUUUUUUUCCAAUCUUUACAUUUUUUUUUUCUCCCCCCAAGAAUAAUCCCACCCCAGCUACAAUAAAGUGUGGAGGUGGUGAAGGGACUUGUGACUCUGAUUUGAAUGGCUUGAAGUUGGCAAGUGGGAAUAAAAACAGUUUGCAAACUUG